AUGCUCGACACAAAGGAGCAAACGGCUGCAGCGUCCAGUGCUGUGGAUGCCAGUCCCGAAAACACCUUACACUACGCCCGCCGCGGCUCCCUCGUCGCAGAAACCGCAGCCGAUCCUAACAUCGAAGGCUACGAUGCCGAGCGCAUGCGUGCUCGCGCGCUGCUCUCUGCAGACGAAGAGAAGAAACUCCUCCGCAAGAUAGACUGGCACCUCAUGGCGCUGUGCUCCAUCAUGUUCCUGCUCAAGAAUAUCGACGCAGACAACGUCUCCAACGCGCGCAUCAUGAAUAAGGGCAGUCCAACAAACAUCAUGAACCAGCUCGGAAUGACGUCGAACGAGUACAAUCUGGUCACCACGCUGUACUACAUUCCGUACAUUGUUGCGGAGGCCCCAUCGAAUCUGCUGAUCAAGCGAUUGCUGCCUUCGAGAUGGCAGAGCAGGAUAAUGGUUACGUGGGGAAUUGCGCUGUCGUGUCAUGCAGCUGUGACGAACAAGGAGGGAUUGUAUGUAGCGAGGUUCUUCCUGGGACUUUUUGAAGCCGGACUGUUUCCCGGCGUCAUUCUCCAGAUGUGCUACUGGUACCGCCCCGACGAGAUGUCCGUCCGCCUCCUCUACUUUUACAUACUCGGCAACCUCUCCGGCGUCGUAAGCGGCCUCCUCGCCUUCGCCUUCUCCCACCUCGACGGCGCCCACGGUCUCAGCGGCUGGCAAUGGAUUUUUCUCGUCGAGGGCAUCAUUACCAUCGCCUUCGGCGUCGCCAUCUACUUCAUCUUCCCGGACUUCCCACCGCAAGCAAAAUGGCUCACCGACGACGAGAAGGCUUUCAUCCAGGCGCGGCUCCCAGGGAACGCGCCGCAGGCAGCAGAGAUGAACUUCAAUUGGCGCGAGAUCGUCGAGUCACUCAAGGACAUCCGGCUAUGGCUGUUUACGCUGAUCUGGGCGCUGUUCACGAUUGGGAACAGUGGGGUCCGGUUCUACCAGCCUACUGUGAUUGCGGAUCUGGGGUAUACGGAUGUUGCGUCUGCGCAGCUGCUGAAUUUGCCCAUCUCGAUUUUCAGCAUCAUAGUCAUUGGGAUUACCGGGGCAUUCGCGGACAACGGAAAACUGCCGCGGCCGCUUUAUCCUCUGGCGUUUUUGUGUAUUAUAUUGGCGUGCUAUGGGACGUUAUACGCUUAUCCCAACAGUGGUGGAGUGUAUGCGGCGACACUGAUCGGAAACGGCCUCACAUCCGCAUGGUAUCCUAUGAUGUGGCCCUGGCGCGUCCAAACAACCUCCAAAGCCACAGGCUCCGCAUUCUCCAUCGGGUUCGUCAACAGCUACGGACAGGUCAGUUCAGUCUUGCAAGUUCACUCAUCGUGA